AUGAAGGGUCAAUUGCCGGCAUCGAGAGAACCCGAAGCCGUCGUGCAGACCAACAAAGCGCAAGCUGCGGCACUCGCUGAUUGCGGUGAAGUCAAAAGUUCGUCCAGGGAGGACUGGCGUCUGGUCAAAGGCGGAUUAGUCCGCCUGCUCGAUAUUUGUGUCGAAAUCGCUACAGCUUACCCCAACAGCAGCACGGUCAAGAGCGACUUCAGCAUAAUGAAACUUGACAAGAAUGACACGCGACUGUCUCUCACCGAUUCGCUGCUGGAUGGCAGUAUGCAGUGUCAAGAGCUUAAAUGA